AUGUCAGAGACCAUGGUCCCUUCUCCAAGUCCCUCCAUACAAAGCUCGUCUACGAUGGAGGUGUUGCAAGCGCUACGAUCGCAGCUGCCUCCUGAUCUGUCGGAGUGGAGGUUGGACGCUCGGAACGAGGUUUGGUACCCACUGAUAGACUUCUUCGGGUCUCGCGGCUACACUUUCUGGGGUGGAGACCCAGCGGAUUGUACCACGACGCUGCCCAAGGUCUACGGUGCUGCCAACACGUCGGGGUAUGGUCUGGUUCCAGCGCUUGAAUGCCUCCCGCACGAGAUUCUCGAGUACUUCAACAUCGGCACAGGAGUGCUUCAAGCAGCACGAAUGGCGGACGGAAGAGACGUAGUGAUUCGUGUUGUUCGUAUGGGUGCAGUUGGGGAGAUGCACCUGCGCAUCCUGACCGUCCUUGGACGAGGAAGGUGGGCAACAGUGUCUCGCAACCACGCGCUGCCCCUUUACGAUACCAUGGACCUCGGCGAUAUCACUUUCGCGGUCUUCCCCAAGGCCGGACCCCAAAUGAGUUACGCUCUCAAUCCGAUCAUCCGUUGCUCCGUUGGGGACGUUAUGGAUAUGAUCAUGCAGUGUCUCGAGGCACUGGAAUUUCUACAUUCCAACCGGAUAGCUCACCGAGACGCCUCUGUACGGAACUUCUUGGUGCAAUAUCUUCCGAGAUCCCUCAAGGAUGCUAACACAAAGCGCACGGACAACAAUUCAGAGCGCGGAGGGUCUUCCGAGAGCCACGGCGUCCCGAUGGGUAGUGCCGUCCCAGACGCUGCCGAGCCGGGCAUUGGCAUUUCCGAGAAAACGGGCGUUCCAGAGAGCUCGGAAUCACCUCCAGACCCAUUGCCCGGACGCCCUCGAGUCUACCUGAUCGACUUCGAGCUCGCUGUGAUGUUCCCAGAUGACACACCGGCUCAUGAGCAGGUGUGCGUGGGUCCACUGUACGGCGGGACGAUCCUAGAAGGGAAUAUCCACGCACACCGGUGCUCGCCCGAGGUGCUCACCGGCGAGCCGUACAACCCCUAUUUGCUCGACAUAUGGCAGUUCGGCACGAGCCUUCGUUUUUUCCGGUCGACUAUCAAGGAGAUCGACGCCAUGUUUGAACGCAUGCGCGACGUUGAUCCCACGAAGAGACCUUCGGCGGGAGAGGCACUGAAGCAGCUGUCAGGCAUCGUUGCUGGAAUUGUACCACGCAACCUCCAGAUCCCUCCGGUUGAACUUGGGGAUUCUUAA